AUGAAAGAUUUAAGGAAUCCGAAAGUCAGAGACAAAUGAUUAUAAGAAAGGUUUCCAGUCUGGAGAAAAAAUCCAAAGCUCAAGGGUGGAAAAUUUCAGAAUUGAAUGGAAACCUUCAGAAAACUGAGAGCGUUAACAAUAGACUAAACAUUUACUUCCGAACUGUAUCAAACCCUUCAGAAAACUGAGAGCUUUAACAACAGACUACAAAUCAACUUAAACUCUAUGGAAAACAAUGCCGAGCUCCUGAAGAUUGAACUAUCUGAAGCAAAAGAUGAAAGUGAGAAGAGCUCUAGACUUAACAAAUUAUUGAAGGAAAAAAUAGGAAGAGAAAUGCAACUUUAUCAAGACCUUAAUGAAAGGUUUAGGGAAUCUGAAAGUCAGAGACAAAAGAUGAUAGAUGAGAAAUUUCAGAAUAGUAUUGUAAUUAGUCAGUAUAAUGACAAUACAGGACAACUUGAAGAUUCGUCAUUGUGUCCGGAAAGAAAGGAAAUAUACAAUAAACUUGCCGUCGCAAACUCUAAAUUGAAACGUGCAGAAUCGGAUUUGGAACGUGCAGACGUUUCCUCUGCUUUGUUCAUUUGUUUCUUAUGUUUCUCACUAUAUUUUUAUUAUAAAUAACUUAAAACUAAAAAUGAUUAAGAAUAUUCAUAGUUCACAUUUUAGUUUAUAUGGAGUUUCUUAAAAAUAUCGCUCAUUUGACAGAAUUUACAUUUUUUCUUUUCAAAUUAAUAUAUUUUCUACGACUUAUGAGGAAAUACUUGAUAUAUAUUGGUUGUAUGCUUUAUAUAAAGGAACAUAAAUACUGCGUUAAAUGUUUACAUAUUUUAAUAUAAAAUGUUUACAGUAUGUUAACUGGUCAGAUAUAUAUAUUUUUAUAUUAGACCUAAAUGAGGGUAGGCCAAGGCAAGCCACAUAAUGUCUGUAUUCAAACCAUAAUUUACCCACUUUCACUUUCACCUUGCUCUAAACAAUAAAUUUUACAGAAUAUAAAUUUUUAAUGUUUUCAGAAAGAAUGGGAGACAACGAGCAUUCAUCAAGUCAGGUUGAGAAGGUGGAGGAUGAUGAUGAGGUUGCCGAGAUAGACGAGGAUGAUGAGGUUGCUAAAAUUGACGAGGAUGAUGAGGUUGCUGAGGUAGACGAGGAUGUCCAUAUUCUCGAGGAUGAUGAUGAGGCGGCCUCGGAAGACUGUAAAAAGAAUGGUGAAUCAAAUGACUGCUCUGUUGGCGAAAAAAAGAAAGGACACGUCCAGAAGGCGGCGAAGGGAAAUGAGAAAGAAGAAGAAGAAAAUAAAGAUGGCGAGGAUGUUAUAACUGUUGAUGAUUCCGUUGAACCCGACAUUGUUCCAAAGACUGUACCUGAUUCACAGUUCUUCGAGAGUGUAAGUGAAGAUGAGAAAAAGUUUUACGAAGAAAAUGCACGAAAUCCAGAUUCUAUUGAACAGCUGAGUGUACAGUGUACUGCUUGCUGGAAACAGGUCAACCAUCAUCAGAGAAAUAAUAUAAUGCGGCAUCCCGACCUUGGUGUUCCUGUGUGUAGAAGCUGUAAAUAUUUCUACGAAGACGACGGGGUCUGGGAGAAGGAUGACCAGGGGUCAGACUGCUACUGCAGGUGGUGUGCUAACGGUGGUGAGAUGGUUUGUUGUGACAAGUGUACCAGUGCGUACUGCAAGCAGUGUAUAAUCAGAAACUUUAGUAGAAAGAAGUUCACAGAGAUCAACGACUGUGAUCGUUGGGACUGUUUUCAGUGUGAUCCUAAGCCAAUAUUUCCUCAACGGGCAUUAAUGUAUUCAAUAUACAAAUGGUAUUCAUCGAGGAAGGACAGAAAAAAAGUGAAAGACACAAAGAAAAUCUCUAAAAAGAUUGCGGAGCAAAAGCAAAAGAAGGUGGCAGAGGAGGAGAGUAAAAUUGAAAACUUUAUCGACGAGAAUAUUCAUGAAGCUUUCGACACACUCAAGAUCUAUCAGAAAUGUCUGGAGGAUGAGAAGAGGAAGUGGAUGAAGAACAAGAAGAAAAUGACGGCAGAGGGAGCUGGAGGUAUGGUCGCUAAACUCAGGAAAAUCUACGGAAUAACAAAACAAAACAUGGAACUCCUUGACUCCGCCCUGGUUCAGGGAUACUUGGAUCAAUUCCCAGGAGAGAGUAUGGACCGAUUCAAGCCGGGACGUAUUUCUACCGGAUCCCAGAAGAAGACCAAAUCUGGCUCGACCACACCAGCAAUGAAAGCUAAUGGCGCCAAUGGAACCCCUGUCAGUGGUAUUAACGGAACCCCUGCCAGUGGUAUUAACGGAACCCCUGCCAGUGGUAUCAAUAAGAGAAAAAUUAAGAAUACUGAGAAAAAGGGAAACAUGAAGAAACAGAAACUUCCAGGUGGGGAUGGGGAUGGUGACGAUGAAGAAAUUGCAGUUGAAGAGAUUGUUGUGAAUGGAGAGGCAGUUCUCGGAGAUAAAGAGUUCUUCGAUCCCAGCCAGCUCUGUUCUAUUCAAAUAACUGGAUUAAGUGGUCCUCCAGCCCCUCCUCGUAUCCCCCCGGUCAAGCGUCCUACUGGUCCUCUCCGGCUCAGCUCUUCAAUGUUUAAGAAGAAAUCUCCGAAUAAACCCAAGCAGAGUCGACCUGUCUCACCAGACAGCGACAUUGAAGAAAUAUUUAUCGACGAUGAUACAAACGACAAGGAAAGUUCGGAUGUCGACUCAGAUGUGUCUUUAGACUGUUAAUCUCAAUAAUUUUACUUUGGUUAAUUCCUGUUGGUAUUUUUGCAUUUCUAAAAUAGCUUGUAUAAUUUACUCUUCUGAAAAUUGGUAUAGUAUUUAAAUUAUUAUUCUGUUUCAGA